AUGGAGUCGAAUGUUACCAUCACCACGAAGCCGUACAAGCCGGCGGCGUCCAUCUAUGAUGCGUGGAGGGAGACGCUGCUGCCCUUUCUCGUCCCGGCGAUGGUGCUCAGCGCCUGGCCCAUGAUCAUGCUCGUCCGAGAUAGGAAUCGCGUCCCGGUCAAGCUGCUCACGAUCGCCGCGCUCGUCUCGCUGGCCGACGGCUUCCUUGGCAGCUGCGCCUUCCCGCUGCAACAUCAGUACGCCUUCUCCCUCUCCGCGAACUCGGCCUUCUUCUAUGCAGGCACCGUCACCUACUGGCUUGUCGGCGCAGUCCUGGGUCCGCUGAUGGAGAUGUGGGGGUGUCGGCGCUCCUGCAUGGCGCUGGCCAUCGUGGGCGCUGCUGGUGCAUGGGGUAGUGGGCAGAGCAUCGCUCUCCUCGUCCUCUGUGGCCGCAUUGCCAGCGCAGCGGCCACGUCUGGUCUCUCGACGUGGGUCGAGUGCGCGCUCUACCACGAGGCGCGCGGGCACCAUGCCCCCUCCGCCGCCGCCGCCGCCGGCGAUGACAAGGGCAUGGUGGACGGCAACGGUGGUGAGGCGCUCACCGGUAGCGGUGCGCUCACAAUCCUCCAUCAGAUACGGCCUGCCAUGCUGCUGUUCUCCAUGAUCGCGUCGCAGCACGUGAUGGUCGUGACGCCGGCGGUGUCGGUGGCGCCGUGUUGGGUGGCGCUGCUGUGCUACCUCGGCGUGUUCGUCAUUGCCUGGGGCCUUGCUGUGCUACCCGCAACCUCAGCUGCCGGAUUGCCGUGGUGGACGGGACCGAACCCCUCUCACGUGAACGGCGGCGGCAACGGCGCACAUGCGAAGAGCGCGAGCAUGAAAGACGCGUCAUCGAGCGGGUCGGGGUUGGAAGGAACGGUGGCCAUGCUACUGCCGGGUGUGUCGCUGAGCUACUGCAGCGCGGGCGGCUCGCGACUGUCCUCGCCGCAGCGCAUUCUGCGGCACUACGCGCACGCCUACGGCACCUCGAUCCGGACACUGUGCAUGCCGCGAUAUCUUGCCCGCCACAUUGUGGACGUUGUCUUCGGCGCCGCCUUCUUUACGGGGUCGCUGCUGUGGGUGCCAACGCUAGAGCUGUACGAUGACAGCAUCCCGUUCGGCUUCGUGUUUGAGCUGUUCAUGAUCGCCACCUUCCUCGGCAGCACCUUCUCGCUUCCGGUGUGGGCCGUCGGCGGCGCAGAGGCGGCGCUGGUGGUCCUCCUCAGCCUCAGCGAGCGCACGCUCUCCACCUCGCGCGACUACGCCAUCCCAGUGACGAUCAUGCUCGGCGGCAUCGUGCUGCACCUCACGCACGGCUGCGUCCUCACCAUGGGCAGCUUGUGGCGCGCCGAGUACCCGACCUCUGGCGCCUCACUCACGCUCCUGUUCCUGCUCAAGGCCUGCACCGGCGUGCUUGGGUGGGUCUUCCUCAACGCCAUCGACGGCAAAUACAUGGAGGACGCCUUCCUGUUUGAGGCGCAGUGGAUGUGGGUGCUGAUGUGGGUGGAGGCAGUGGCGCUGACGCAGUGCAUCGUCGCGCGCAUGGCUCCCGGUUGUGGCCGCCGCGCCAACGGCGGUGCGGCGCUGGUGCAGAAGCCGGAUAGCGCCGGCGUCAAGGACCUCGGCAGCAACGGUGUAAAGGAAAUGGCGGUGGGAGGGGGGCCAACGGUGCGUCACCCGACCGACACGCUCACGUACGCGCCGUUCAGCGAGGCAGAGGCAGCGAAAAUGUAG